AUGCGACAGCUGAUACUACCGAAGUGUUCAUUCUUUUUAUCAGCACAUUUUUUCUUUUCAUUAUUUUUCUUCUCGGUCUGCAUCUCAGUUUGUUUAUCACUAUUAUUAUUAUUAUUAUUAUUAUUAUUAUUAUUAUUAUUAUUAUUAUUCUUUGUCAUUUCUUCCUUCUACAUCUCCUCUUCUUCUUCUUCUUAUUAUUAUUAUUACUCGCCGCCUCCAUGGCUACUUCUGUUUUCUCUUCCUACAUUUCCUUUUCUUUCUUUCUUUCUUUCUUUCUUUCUUUCUUUCUUUCUUUCUUUCUUCUUCGUCUUCUUCUUCUUCUUCUUUUUAUUAUUAUUCUUUGUCAUUUUCUUCCUUCUACAUCUCUUUUUCUUCCUCUUCUUUUUCUUCUUCUUCUUCUUCUUCUUCUUUUCUUCUUCUUCUACUUCUUCUUAUUAUUAUUGUUAUUAUUAUUAUUAUUCGUCAUUUUCUUCCUUCUACAUCUCGUCUUCUUUUUCUUUCUUCUUCUUCUUCUUCUUAUUAUUAUUAUUAUUAUUACUCGCCGCCUCCAUGGCUACUUCUGUUUUCUCUUCCUACAUCUCCUUUUCUUUCUUUCUUUAUUUCUUUCUUUCUUUCUUUCUUUCUUUCUUUCUUUCUUUCUUUCUUUCUUUCUUCUUCGUCUUUUCCUUCUUCUUCUUCUUUUUAUUAUUAUUCUUUGUCAUUUUCUUCCUUCUACAUCUCCUUUUCUUCCUGUUCUUUCUUCUUCUUCUUCUUCUUCUUAUUAUUAUUAUUUUUAUUAUUAUUCCUCGCCGCCUCCAUGGCUACUUCUGUUUUCUCUUCCUACAUCUCCAUUUCUUUCUUUCUUUCUUUCUUUCUUUCUUUCUUUCUUUCUUUCUUUCUUCUAGACUUCAUUCGUCGUCGUCUUCUUACUUUUUAAUAUUAUCCUUUUACUUCUCCGUCUUCUCCUUGGCUAGCAUCUGUUUCUCACAUUUGUCUCCUCUUUCCCUCCGAGACUACGAACGAGCGAAAGGCAAAGUUCGUCGUAAUAAGUGGAGGACACUGAUAACUCGUUACGGCAUAGUUGACGACGUGGCCAUCAUUCUUCUCCCUACACCCGAGCCUCAGUCGACGACCCUCUCCCGGCUCCUUGACGAUCCGUUUUUACAUGAUAGACAAUAA